ACAAUAACAGCUCCCUCUUGACCCUCCACUCUUUUUCUUGCCACCUUCCUGUUUGCCUCCCCUCUUCUAUCUUCCUGCCACGUGCCCUCUCUCCCAUACUCCCACAUAUAAAACUAAAAUAACAGAAAAUGGAGCCAAAAAAAGGUCACUUCUUCCUUCUCAUUCUCCUCAGUCAGUCAGUCAGUCUUCCCAUGAAUGAGCUGGAUUCAGAUUCCGUGUGUGGAGUGGAUUUCAAGCUGUUCCUUCCCCCCAAUUUCCCCUUUCUACCCUUCAAACCAACCCUAUAAAUCCCUCUUCUCCUUCUUCCUCUCCAUUCCAAUUCCACUCCCAACCUCCGAAAAACAAUCCCCAAUCAGGCAAUUACUAACCUGUCUUUAUCCUUAAUCUUAUCCACACAUGGAUAUCUUCAACUCCCCUGUUCUCCCCUUCUCCAUCCUCGCCGCCAUCUUCGCAUCUUUCAUCUUCGUCCUGACCCGAUUCCUCCGCCGGCGGGGGCCGCAACUGCCCCUCCCGCCGGGAUCCCUCGGGUAUCCGUACGUCGGAGAGACCUUCCAGAUGUACUCGCAGGAUCCCAAUGUGUUCUUCGCCUCGAAACAGAGCAAGUACGGCUCGAUCUUCAAGACCCACAUCUUGGGAUGCCCUUGCGUCAUGAUCUCCAGCCCCGAAGCUGCGAAAUUCGUGCUCGUGACGAAAUCGAACCUCUUCAAGCCCACAUUUCCGGCCAGCAAAGAGCGGAUGCUGGGCCGGCAGGCGAUCUUUUUCCACCAGGGGGAUUACCACUCCAAGCUGCGAAAGCUCGUCCUCCGAGCUUUCAUGCCGCAAUCGCUCCAUUACAUCGUCCCGCAGGUCGAAUCCCUCGCCGUUCAUGCGCUCCGUUCGUGGGAAGCGACUCACGAGAUCAAUACGUACCUCGAAAUGAAAACGUAUACGUUCAAUGUGGCGCUGCUGUCGAUAUUUGGAAACGAUGGAGCUAUGUACGGGGAGGAUUUGAAGAGGUGUUACUAUGUCUUGGAAAAGGGUUACAAUUCGAUGCCGGUGAAUCUUCCGGGGACGCUGUUCCACAAGGCGAUGAAGGCCAGGAAGGAGCUGGGUCGAAUCCUGGCGAAGAUCAUGGCGGCGAGGCGGGAAAUGAAGCUGGACCACAACGACCUUCUGGGUUCCUUCAUGGAAGACAAAGAAGGGCUGACCGACGAGCAAAUCGCCGAUAACGUCAUCGGAGUUAUCUUCGCCGCCAGGGACACCACCGCCAGUGCUCUCACCUGGGCUCUCAAAUACCUGCGUGACAACCCAUCUGUUCUUCAGGCCGUCACUGAAGAACAAGAGGCGAUAGCGAAGGAGAUGAUUAGCAGGGAGAAGGGAGUUCUGAAUUGGGGAGAUACAAAGCAGAUGCCCAUCACUUCACGGGUGAUUCAGGAGACACUCCGGGUUGCUUCAAUUCUUUCCUUCACUUUCAGAGAAGCUGUUGAAGAUGUCGAGUAUGAAGGGUAUCUAAUCCCAAAAGGAUGGAAAGUUUUACCACUUUUCAGGAACAUUCACCACAACCCUGAAAUCUUCCCUGAUCCUGAGAAAUUUGACCCUUCCAGAUUCGAGGUGGCGCCAAAGCCCAAUACUUUCAUGCCAUUUGGCAGCGGGACCCACGCCUGCCCUGGAAAUGAGCUAGCCAAGGUGGAGAUAUUAGUGCUGCUCCAUCACCUGACCACAAAGUACAGGUGGUCUAUAGUGGGCGACAAUAAUGGAAUUCAGUAUGGUCCUUUUGCUCUUCCCCAGAAUGGUCUGCCCAUCAAACUUUCCCUCAGAAAAUAAUGAACAGCAGGAGCCAUAAAUCAAAUCAUUUCCCAUUAAUGGGGAUUUGCCCAAAUUGGGGGGAGAAAGGGACGAAUGAAAGGAGGACAAGUGGCAGAGCUGCAGAGCGACUCUGCCCCAACUGACCACCCCGCAAAACAGAGGAUGAAAAAACAGGGGAAGAAAGAAGAAAGGAAAGGAAAGGAAAGGAAAGGAAGACUCCAAUUGUACAGCAUGAAAAUGAGUCCUCAAAUACUUUCCUACUAUACUACUACCACUGCAGCAGCAGAGCAAGAAGAGAGGCGAAAGACAGAGAACAGAGUGAAUUCACUGAACAAAGGCAUCUUCGAAAUAUCAAUUUUUUUUGUUUCUUUUUAUUGGGUAGUUUGCAUGUUGCCAAAAAGGAGGGGGAAAAAAGGGACAAAGAGAGACAGUAGGAUGAUUGAUAUUUUUGUAAUUAGGAUCCACCAUGAAGAAAGAAAACUACAGUUUCCCGUAAGGUCAAACUGUAAAAUUUUGUUUGACAUAGUUUCGUCUUUUCAAUUCAUUCUCUUUAGUGGUUUCUUCCCCUAUGAUGAAUUGAAGAUGAGGAAGGCCAAUUCUUCCAAGGGUUCAACGAUCAUCCGGGGCUAAGUUUGUGGGGUUUGAGAGAGGUGGUUUAGGAUACAAGUUCAGUUAUUGCUUUUCACCAUUCAUUAAGCGAGCAGACAUACACCGUCGUUCAUUCAUCUGCGUAUAUG